UAAAUGUGAAGUUUAAUGUCAAUUUUAAAAAAGAAGAAAGGGCGGGUAAGUCUGGCGGCAAAGUUGUUUUGUCAACAAGCAACACUAAAACUUCAGCGUCGGUCAUCGAGUACAAAAGCAACUUUCACCCUCGUGCUGGGCUGUCUUCUAAAGAAAUAUAAGGAUAUUAAAGAGAAGGUUCCUCAUUCAGUGUCUACAAUGGUUACAGACAACACAGAAAAGAAUGCUGAAAAUUGUUCGAAAGAUGGAACAGUGGAAAAUACUGAACAGACAGAAAGGCAUGAGGAGUACCAGUAUUUAGACUUAAUUAGAAGAAUAAUGACAACUGGCAACAAAAAAGGAGACAGAACGGGAACAGGCACACUUUCACUCUUUGGAGCUCAGAUGAGAUUUUCUCUUAGAGAUGGUGUUUUUCCUCUGCUGACUACUAAACGGGUCUUUUGGCGAGGUGUUGCAGAGGAACUUCUCUGGUUCAUCCGAGGAUCAACAAAUGCAAAAGAGCUUCAGGAAAAGGGAGUUCAUAUUUGGGAUGGAAAUUCAUCCAAGGAAUUUCUUGAGAAAUCAGGAUUUCCUGACAGAGAGGAAGGGGAUCUUGGACCAGUGUAUGGUUUUCAGUGGCGUCAUUUUGGUGCCGAGUACUCUGAUAUGCAUGCAGAUUACACUGGAAAAGGUGUUGACCAGCUGAAGGAGGUUAUUGAUACAAUAAAUGAAAAUCCCAAUGAUCGACGCAUAAUCAUGUGUGCUUGGAAUGUCACUGAUGUACCAAAAAUGGCACUACCUCCUUGCCACUGCCUUUGCCAGUUUUAUGUGGCAAAUGGUGAACUAUCUUGUCAAUUAUACCAAAGAUCUGCUGAUAUGGGUCUAGGAGUGCCCUUCAAUAUUGCAAGUUAUUCCCUCUUAACUUGUAUGAUUGCACACAUAACAAAACUUAAGCCUGGGGACUUUGUGCACACUCUUGGGGAUGCACAUGUCUACUCAAACCACUGUGAUGCUCUGAAUGAACAACUGACUAGGGAACCAAGACCUUUCCCCACACUCAGGAUAAAACGUGAAAUCAAGUCAAUUGAGGAUUUCAAGUUUGAAGAUUUCGAAAUUGUUGAUUAUAAUCCACAUGGUAAAAUCAAGAUGGAUAUGGCUGUUUAAAAAUGUUACUUUAUUUUUCCUAUUUUUAGAUUGUUUCUUUAAAUAUUGGUACAAAUAUCUUAUAGAAAAAAUUUACUGGAGUUGGCUAUACAUUCCAUCAAGAUGGAUAUGGUGUUUAAAAACAGGAGUAUCUUUAUUUUGUCUAACUUUAGAUUUCUUGCUUUUUGAUAUUGGUAUCUGUCAUAUCCAAAAGAUAUACUGCAGUUAGCUAACAUUCCUGAAGAUAAACAUUCCUGAGGCAUUUUAUAUUCCAAGCUCAUUUAUACAUAGACUUAGAGAAUAUUGAACUGGCAAAUGCAUAUGGUAUAAUUUGACUAUUUUUAUUUUUAUUUCAUAUAUCCAAAAUUUGUUUCAUUGUUUCUACUUCACUAAGAACCCCAUUCUGUAGUUGAACGUGGUCUAGUUUGUCUUGCUAUAUGGUUUAAUGGCCAUUGUUUCAUUUGAAAGUUAGAUUUGCAUUUCAUAUCAGCCUCACUAUGUUGAUGUUUAAUAUAUGAGAUAAUCUGUACUAAUCUUGAAUAUUUAGUCUUUAAAUUUUGUAAUUUUAUGAAAAAUAAAUAUCAAUGUAA